CCGUCAUGUUCUCCCCCUCCUUUUUUUUUGCGCUGCAUACAAGUUGCACUGCAUUUGCAACAAAUAAGAACCUAUCUCAAUAAAAUCUUCUUCUUCUUCUUCUUCUCAAUCGCAUUCUCUUUCCUUACCUUUCCCCUUCCAUUCAUUAUCCAUACACUCACUAUCCACCCUCACCAUGAACAAGCUUGCACCUUCCGACUACCCUCUGCAACCUUCCUACUCUAUCCCUUCUCAAUUCUCUUCUUUCAAUGCGUCUUAGCUCACUCCUGUCUAUCAGCCGCCGCGUUUCAAUACAUGAACACCGUUCCGCAAGCCAUGUUACAUGAUCCGCAACCAGGAAGCCCCGAAUCGACUGCUUCCUCCAUCGCCCCUUCUACUCCUCCUACCGCUGUUGUCUCCACACGCGCCCAGCACGCACUCAAUGAAAUCACCGCCAAGGCAUCCUCUCUUCCUGAUGCCUUUUAUCCCGAAUUUCUGCAGUAUUCCAAGGAAGCGUACGAGCAAUCUACUGGCGUGUCCAACAAGAAAAGACGACGCAGAACUGGUUCUAGAGCCCCCGAUGACAUGGAUGUCAUGAGCGAUGACGAAGAUACGAACGAGUUGAGUACCGCAGAAAUUCGUAGACAGAUUCAUAUUCAGUCUGAACAAAAGCGUCGUGCUCAAAUCAAGGACGGUUUUGAUGAGCUGCGUAGCGAGCUACCUAGCUGCUUCAAUAAGAAGAUGUCCAAGGUGGCUUUGUUGCAUCGUACCGUACAGCAUAUUCAGCACUUGAAGAACACUCAAAUGACCAUUUUGAGUGAACUUGAAAGGCUAGUUGCUGAGAACGAACAGCUUAGAAAAUUCCAGGAAAAUGCUCUACAAAAGCAGGCUAUGGAGAAUAUGUAUUCCAUGAGUCAAAUGUAGAAAGGUUCUACCUAACUGCCAUCCACCCAGAGAAGCAACCUUGUUUCCCAUCAUAUCCCUUACUCAUACCCUCCACUUUUUUAUAUUCCAUUUUCCCAUAGACCAGCUCCUUUACCUCCCUUUUUUGAUAUUCGUUUCGUUCUUAAGACACUGCUUAAUAUUCGUUCUUCUACCUUUGCGUUUUGUUCAAAGCUACCCUGUUAAAUUCCCAUUCCUUUAUAGACGUUACCCGUUUACGGUUAACACACUCGGCCACCCCACCCCAUCCUUUCACUUUACCGAGCCCACCAC